CCGAAAGUCGCAUCGGCCAUCCGCUAUCAAUUCAGGCGCCGCCACGUCAUAUAAAAUCCAAACCCAAAUUAACAUAGAACGGUUCGUGUAAGGAAAAAGAGCGCGCCUUCUCUGUGAAAGAUAUCAUGACUCGGUUUCUGCUGUUCGCCACUGCCCUCUUUGUCUGCCUACAGUCCAUUUUGGCCGUCAGCAUUGACAUUGGCCCUCAUAAAAAAGAGUGUUUCUUUGAAGACCUGAACGUGGGCGACAAACUCACCGUGACAUUCCAGGUUGGCGAAGGCGGUAAUCUCGAUAUCGAUUUCUCCAUUGUCGACCCACAGGGGAGCCUUAUCAAAAAUGAACGCCAGAUGGCGGGCACACACGUUGUGCAAGCAAAUAGAGAAGGAAGAUACGUUUAUUGUUUCAGCAAUGAAAUGUCGUCUGUUACUGCCAAGUCUCUUAGCUUCAAUGUUCACGAUAUGGAACGACUUCAGGAAACUGCACAGCAACACAUUGAUCCCUUGGAACGCGAAAUUCGUGAAUUAGCAGAAAGCAUCUUUGCCAUCAAAUCAGAACAAGACUUUUUCGAACAACGUGAGAAACAGCACCGCAAUACUGCUGAAAGCACCAAUUCCCGUGUAAAAUGGUGGUCCUUGGGUCAGCUAUCGUUGUUGGCUGCUGUCUGCAUGUGGCAGAUCUACUAUCUGAAGCGCUUUUUCGAAGUUAAGCGUGUUGUAUAAACAAAAAACAACUAGAUUUGGCCUUUAUCUACAAAAUAACAGCAAACGGAGUAUCCAAUCCUUGCAUUCCA